UGGAGCCAUCAAAACAUUGCCCAGUUGGCAGAAGUUUAUUUGUUUGUUUCGUUGCGUUUGGCCUUUGUGAUUCCGUGAGCCAGACGAAGGUUCCUGCGAUGUAGUGUCUUCCGAGAGGUCCUGAUCAGAGCAAGGAGAGCAAUGUCUUGGUUCGGCGUGUCCCUGAAUGACAUCAAGGGCCAGCUGACCUCCUUCACCAAUGAGGUGUUGUCGGAAGGUCUGGAGGACGUGGAAGAUGGCGGUCAAGUGAUUGUUUCCCGUGAACGCAUUCAGGAGUUGGAAUCUUUGUGUCAACUCCAGAAGCAUGAGCUGGAGGAGGCGAAGCGGGCGCGGGAGGACCUGGAGGAGCGGCUGCAGGUGGCUAAUCUUCACGGCUCCCACCAGGUGUCCGGCCUUCGUCAGCAGCUGCAGCACAAGGAGAAUGAACUGCGCCAGCUGAGGGAGAAGAGUGUGGAGUGGGGAUGGGGAGCAGGGGACGGUGAAGGAGGUGGAGGUGGAGGUGGAGGUGGAGGGUCAGCUGGCACCCCUAAAACCCCCUCCAAGCAGCAACGGCAGACCUCGCCCUCCUCCCCCGGCCAGCAGGCACAGCAGGAUGAGCAGCAACACACACCUGAGAAGCAAUUAGUGUGGCAGGAACAACUGAACCAGCAGUUAUCAAGGCGCGUGGAGGAGCUAGAGGGGGAGCUGGUCCGUCUGAGGGAGGCCCACCAAGAGGAGGUGAGCGCCCUGCAGGACCACCAUCGCCAACACCUGCUCUCACUCACCCCCCGACCAGAUGUGAACCAGGCGGAGGGAGACGGCGGUGGUGAUGGUGGUGGUACCGAGACCCCAACCCCUCGUGCCACGAAAGCUCCAUCCCAGAGGGCGGAUGGCGCGACGGACGCGGACCAGGACGCGGCAACUCAGCGAUGCCGCGCGCUGGAGCAGGAGAGGGACAAGCUACAGGCCGCCCUUGCUGACCUCCAGGCCCGGCUGCAGCAGCUCACACCCAAGGCAGAUGCAGCAGCAGGGUUGGAGACGCAGGUUGCCGCCUUGAGUGACAGGUGUGCGGCUCUGCAGAGAGAAAAUGAACAAAACGAGAAAAGUCUAGAGGAAUUGGACACACAGCACCAGCAGGUUGUAGAGCAAAUUCUGAAGAAGAAGAAGGAAGUUCAAGAAGAGGCUCAGGCCCUUAGGACAGCUCACCAGCAGGUGACAGAGGCUCUUUCCCAAGUACAUGUAGAUCAGGAGAAAACACAGCAGGAAACAGAAACCCUUCAGGCUGAGCUGGCAGCACUGAGGCUUAGUGAGGAGACUGCUCAGGCCACUCUGAAGAAACAACUUGAGGCAUACAGCGAGGAGUUCAGUGACUUGAAAGGUCAAUUAAAUGAAAAAACUACCCUUGCAGAGGAACUUAAGAAAGAGUUUCAGGUAAUGAGGCAAGAAAAUGCAAGAUUACAGAGACUUGAAGAAGCUAAAGAAAGGUCGCAGUGCUCAGACAUGGAGGAGAAGUCAAUCCUUGCAGAACUUCAAAGUUUACAGAUCAGGUAUGAGGAAGAAAAAAGAUCUAAUGCAGAGUUGAAGACAACCCUAGAGAAUAUGAAUACUGAGCUACAGAAAUUAAGAUCAUCAGAAGAAAGUUUAAGAGCAUCAAGUAGUAAUUCAGAAGAAAAGCAAAAAGUAGCUGAGACCAAGGCAGUGCAGCUGGAGGAGCAGGUUGCCAGCUUGAUGCAGGAGGUGGCUAGCCUCAAGCUAACUGUGACUGAUACCCAGACAAUUUUAGAAUCUUCACAAGAGAAAGAGUCCUUACAAGAGAGAAUUAAUAUAACAGAAGCUGCUAAGUGCCUAGUAGAACAAGAACUACAGAAAUGUCGACAGUCACUGGACGAUGCCAAAGCUCGCACAGAGAUCCUGGAAUCUGAACUGCAGGCAAAGGCUCAGGAACUGACAAUGUCCAACACAAGCAUCACAGAACUGGACAUGAAAGUGAAGCAAGCUGAGAGUGACUUGACUGCAGUGGACAGGUCGCAGACAGAGGAGAUGGAGGAACUGAAGAAGGCACUGGCACAUCACAACCAAGAGGUGCCCAAGACAGUGAAGGCUGGAGUGCACAGAUUAGUGGAGCUGCUGCGGGACUCGGUGUGGCAGCGAGACACACUGGAGCGGCAUGUGUCAACUCUCUCUCAGGAGUUGAGGGAGAAGAAUGACCUCCUGGGUGAGGCAGAGCUUUCUCGGGCUGAGUUAGAGAGGGAGUGUGAGGAUCUGAGGGACCAGCUUGAGGAGGUUCAAAAGGGAGUGCGGCCACCACCUGAAGGAAGCAGCCGUGGUCUACCAACCAUUGAGGAGGAAGCUGAAGGAGGGGCUGAAGGAGAAGUUGAAGGAGAACAUGUGAAGGAAAGCGUUGAAGUAAGAGAAGAGCAGCUAAGGGAACCUCUUGAACUGGAAAGGUCUAAUGAAAUAGAGGCCCUGCAUGCUCAGGUGGAGGCUUUGUCUGAGGCUCGCCGGAACUUGGAGACCGAGGCGGCUAGCAUGCGUGCUGAACGAGACCAGCUGCAUGGCCAGCUGCAGCAGAUGGAGGGACGUGCUGGGAACUUGGCUAACUUAGAAACUGAAGCAGCAGCUCUGAGGAAUGAGAAGAAAAGUUUGGAGAUGCAGUUGGAAACCUUGGCACAAGAACUUGAUCUUACAACAGUGACCCUCCAAGAUGAGAGAGACACACUGAAGGAGCAGCUCAAUACCAAGGGGGAACACCACCAGAGUGUGCAGGUGGAGCUAAGUAUCCUCAAACAUGAACGAAACUCCAUUGGACAACAGCUAGUGUCUCAGUACAAAGUAUUGGAGGAGCGAGACGCCACCAUCAGGAUGUUGGAGAAUGAGAUUGAUGGUCUCAAGGACACUCUUAGGGAAACCUUUGGGGACCAGAACAAGUCCCUGGUGGCCUCCUUGCAGGAAGAGCUCAACACAGUGAAGUCUCAGCUCAUUUACAAGGAGGAUAAAGUGGAUGCACUGUCCCAAAUGUUACAGCAAAUUGCAGGAAUUUUUGAAGUUGAGGACACCAACAGCAAUAUUGACAGGACUCGCCAAGUCAUUCAGGACAAGUACACCACACUAAUUAAAAACCUUGAAGAAAAAGAAGAAAAGAUUAAAGAGAUGUCUGAGAAAAUCACUAAUUUACAGUCUGAAUUAGAAACCUACAAGAUGAAUUCUGAAAGUGAAGCAGAGACAUUUGCAAAAUUAUCUGAAAAAGUUAAAGAGCUCAGUCUUGCCAAAGAUCAGUUGACAAGAAGUGCAGCAGAGGCUGUCCACUUACAAAAAACUUUAGAGGAAAAAUGUGCAAACAUAAAAACUUUAGAAAAUAGUGCACAAGUUCUACAAAAUGAAAUAGCAUUGUUAGAACACAAGCAAGUUGAAGAUAGAAAUCUUCUUGACCAAAGAAACUCAGAAUUAGAGCAUUUGAGGGAAGAUUUCAAUAAAGCUCAACAUGCAAGUCAAGAGAAGGAAGAUCUGGCCAAUAUUUUAACAAGGGAACUGGAGGAAGCAAGAGCAAAAAUCACCUCUGAAGAAAAGACAAUACAAGAUGUGUCUGAAGAGGCAGCUAAAAAGAAUCGUGACAUCACAGAGAAAGAGGCAAAGAUUUCAGCACUUUCAUUGGAAGUAAAUACCCUCAAAAAAGAAUUAGAAGAAUUGAAAAUGCAAGAAAAACAACAAUCAACACAAUUAUCGAACACUGAAGCAAUAAUUCAACAGGAACAGAAACUGAGGACAGAAAAUACACAGCUGCUAGAAGAAAAGAAUUUAUUGCUUCAAGAAAAGGAAAGAAAAGGAAUGGAAAUGGAGGAGUUGCGUGUAGGACAGGAGACUGCUCUGAGGGAAUUGGGAGUUCUAAAGGGGGAGAGGGAACAAAUGAUUGCCACCAUAACACACAAGCACCAGGAGAGCCUUUCCUACCACAACGAGAUCCAACGCCUCUCUCAAGUGCUGACACAGACCACCCAGCAACACAGGGAUGAGAGUGCCACCCUUGCAUCUCAGCUGAAGGAGAGUGAAGGAGCCCUGGCAGAGAGUCGCAGUCUUGUGGCCAGCCUGCGGGAGGAACUCCACACCCUUGGCAAGGCACAGAGUGAACUGCAGAAAAAUGCUGCUGAAGGAAUCGUACAGAAAACAGAACUCAGUGGUCUGCGCAAGGAAUUUGACUCCCUACGAGCCAAGUUUACCAUACUGGAGCAGGAACGAGAUCAGCUGAGGCUUGCUAACUCACGCUUCAACACUCAGUAUCAAGACCAGAGCAAAGAGCUAAGUAAUAUCAAGGAGAGAGAGAGUCGGUUGGCUGGAGAAUGUGAGCGGUUGCGUCAGCACUUGAUGACGGUGGAGGAGUCAUACACAGCAGAGGCUCUAAAAGGGGAGGAGCGGGAGGCCACCUUGCGCUCCACCCUUGCCAAGAUGGAAGAGAAACUCAACAGUCACUCCAGUCUCUUGAAUUCAACAAGCCAACGAGCAAGUGUGCAGGUGGAAGCGCUUCAGGAGCAGCUGCAAGAGAUCUCGGCGAAGAGGGAUGAUGCAGUGCUGCGCCUCCAUGCAGCAGAGGAGUCAGCAGAACAGCACCAGCACUCAUUGGAAACCUUGCAGCAGGUACUGCAGGACUUCCAGAAGAACCAAGCAAGAGAGAUUGCUGAGGCAACAGAGCGAACGAGACGGAAACUGGAAGACGAGCAGGAGAAAACCGCUUCACUUGGUGCCCAACUUGGUGCCCUCAAGAGCCAGCUUGCAGAGGCACAGGGAGGGCUUGCUGCUGCUUCCAGGCUUGGGGACCAGCUGGCCAAGAAAGAACAGAUGAUUGUUGCCCUCAAGGCCCAAGGCCUUGCUGGUGUAAUCUCACAAGGUAAAGCUGAGGAGCCUCCAGAUCUCAGACUACCAGUAUCGUCACAGGAGGAGGUGGCAAAAAGGGCGCGAGAUGAGGUGUCUUGCCUUAAGAAUUCUUCAGAAGGCAAAGUGGAGAAACCUCUCCUGCGUAACCUUCUGGUUGGGUAUUUUGCCACUCCUGUUGACAAACGACAAGAAGUCUUGAGGAUCAUUGCAGAGGUAUUGGACUUUUCAACUGAGGAGCGAUCACGAACAGGUCUGGACACUCAAGGCACCUCUUGGCUAUCCUCCAUUGCAAACUUCCUAGCCCCUCCAGCCAGUAAUGUGCGAGUUACCUCCAAGGUGGAUGUGUUAGAUCACACGUCGCUGUCGCAGGCAUUCAUCAGGUUCCUAGAAGACGAGUCAAACCCCCGGCCGCAGCCUCGCCUGCCAGCAGUACAGAUGGCUCAGCAGACAACCGAGAAGGCUGAAAAGAAGGCACAGGCUAAGGCUCAGGCUGCCAACAAGAUUAACCCGUUCAUCAGCAGUGGGGACACCCAAGUGCCUGACAGUGACCAAAGUCCACGCAACUCUUCACCUCUCCUUGCUGCAGCUUCCACACCCCCCACACUUCCAUCCUUUGCACCUCAACAACACCACACUCCCUCAACUCUGGCUGCACCUUCUCCUCUCCCUCCUGGCAGUGCUCCAGCAGGACUGACUCCUGUAUCUACUAACAAGUACCUCACUAAUCUCCUAACACCAGAUGCUGGCAAAUCAGAUGAAAAUGCCAAUAAACACCCCACUUGAAAACUUUGUUAACACUCAAUGACAAAUGGUAGUCAGUUAACUUGUUGAGUUUACAUAUUUGUGAAAGAAGCUGCCUUAUGUUAAAUAAGUGAGAUGGACAAUAAUGUUUUGUACAGUUCAAUCAAUAAAUACUAUCCUCAAAAAGCCAAAGCUGUAUGGUGGUAAAAUAAUUUUUCUAUAGCGGUAUUAGCAAUUGAGAAAAAAUAAUAUUUUUCUAUCACAUCAUUUUUUUUUUUCAUGACAUUCCAUUACCUUAACUAGCAGUGGCAGAAACAGUGUGAGAUCAGCAACAGAUGGCAGAAACAGUGUGAGAUCAGCAACAGAUGAGAACUUAAGCAUUCAAGUACUGGUACACUAAGUGGCUAUGAAUGUACUACCAAAUAGAGACAAGCAUUAAGUUAAAUACUGCUUUAUCUUCUAUUUUUAUUUAUUUAUUUUAUUUUAUUUUUUUUUUUAUUAUUUAUUUAUUUAUUUAUUUUAUUUAUUUUUUUUUAUUUAUUUAUUUUUAUUUUAUUUUUUUUUUUUUUUUUUGGCUUAGAAAUAACAGGCUGGGGAGUGGUAGCUCCCAGGCUACAGCCAUGCAAAGCCAACUCACAAAUCAGUAGAGGAGGAAUAUUUCUACCAGGCUUUACUAAUCUUUUCUCACACUCUUUCAUGUGCCAAUAAGAGCAAUGUCAUUAAAAAAUGUAUGUAAAUCUUACACAAUCUUACAUAAAAUUCAAAACAGAACUGUUCUGUUCAUUGUCCACAUUGAACCACAACAUGGCAGAGGUGGUCUGGCCACUAGGGGAAUAAAAAGUUAAAAUGUUAGUUCCAGAUGUAGUUUAGCAGACAUGCAUACUGAUGUCAUCAAGUUGCAAAAUUUAGUGCCAAGUGCACCAAACAACACUGUGUGCUUCCUUUGGUAGGUGUGCCGCUGUGACUUUAUAUAUACAAGUAGAAUAUGAAACAAAAAAACGAACAGGUUGACGUUUUCAACUAACAUUAAAUGAUGUGAUAUUUCUUAGUAGAAUGUGAUAUUUCUGCUCAGAAACUUACAUUAGCUGAGCAGAUGCAACAUGUACAGAUAAACAGAUGACACAAGUCACCUAUAUUACUAUAGAAAUGUUCCCUAUAAAUAUAACUCAGGCUGUUGUUGUAUGUUGUUGUGUCCUGGUUAGUGAGGGAUGCAUUGUCAGUGGUGUAUCUGGUGAAGAAUAGAUCUAACACGUGGUACGAAUGAGUUGAUGGCAUUUAGGAGCGACUGUAACAGGUCACCAUCAUGUGUAUGCCAAAUAUUCAUUCUUUAUUUUAUUUUUUUAUUUGGGUGGUCAUCACUUGUUGUCUCAUCAGCUUGUAAAUACAAGAUUUUAUAGAUCCUUUUGCUUAAUUAUCAUUCAAGAAUAAAAAAAAUAAUGGAUGUG